AUGGUGCUAGCAGGUACUCCACCGCCAGAUCGACCUCCACCACCACCACCCGAUGACGAGCCGUACGAUGGCUUCGAAAACAUGGUUUCAUCGGGGUACUCGGAUCAACUGUUGCCUUCACUGCCACCUACGCCUGCACCAAGAACUGGCUUCCCCGUCAUCAAAAGAAACAUCAUUUACGCAAAAGACCGGAUUGCAAAGUUUGACCCACUGAGUACUGUAGAACGUCAGAAGAAUUAUAAAGAUUCAAGGCGAAGCGAUGCAUAUUCCACUGAUACUGGGAAAAUGUCUUUUCCCUCAAAAUACACCCCGUUGACAGAAUCCAGCACGGCCACAGUUACCUCGACCACCUACGAUGAAUACCCUAUUUACAAUCCAGUAAUUGACUACAACUUUAAGACUGGCAUGUCAUUUCAACAGGGAGUAUUCCCCAUCGAUACG